UGAGGCUGGGCAUAUUGAAAACACGUUCACAUGAGCAGCGGGACGAACUACGUCCUAGCUGACAAAGCCUUUGGUUUGGAACAUCUAGUAAUUCAAGCUACCCUUUCACCACCUACACCAUUGUCCUUUAGCCAGUGUGAUCAGUUAAUAAUCAUCUCACGAUGUCAUUGGGAAUAGCUGAUAGCUUUACAGCUCAGGAAAAUGUUUUUUCUACUUCCCCUUCUCACGACCCGUGAGAUAGGCUUGACUGCAUCAUAGCAAUGCAUUCAUUCACCUGGGUACCUCGUGUGAGAGAGGUUAAAUUACAGUGUCUUUUCACGUUGAUAUUUAAUGUAUGGUACUUAUGUAUUCCAUAAUAGUUAUUUUACUGUCGUGUUCUCAUAACCUUGCUUCACGUGUUAACCAUUUUACAGAUAUUUUUCAGUGAGGGUUGGAUUGGUGUUGUGUUAGUGUUCGACAUGUGUUUACUCUAACAUACGGAUUACCACCGAAGCAUAUUGUACUUUCUCGAAUCAUAUAAUGUGUGUUUGUUUUGUAAUAUAUCUGGGACAUUACAUUCGGACUUUCAUUACACGGUUUUAGAAGAAUGGACACAAACUGACACCAGGAAGGAAGACGGUGUUGCUACCAUCGCAUGGCAUGUUUCAGCUAUAUGUGGACGUUUUGAAAGAGCAACCGUCUCUACGUAAAUGCUACGUAAAUGAGUCUGUCCUUAUAUACCAUGCAAAAGCCAUUCUGAAGCUUCUCGGAUCUAAAUCACCACUAUGCAGUCUGUCCUUGUGCUUAAAGGAGUAGUAUUCCUGUGUUCUGUGCAUUUGAUUUUGUCUUCAAAUGAUAGUAUGGACAUAUGCGGCUUUGACACCAUCAACACAACUACAAACGAGUCUGUGUACCUUCACUCUCCAGGCUACCCGUACAGUGUUGGGUUGAAUAAAAGCUGCGUGGUGAGGAUCACUGGGAAGGUUAUACAAGUGACGCUGGUUGAGCAGAGUUUGAAUGGGGAAACUUGACCAUUUCAGGUAACGGCAAUAAAUGGUCAAAUGAGAACACAAAACUAUACAACAGAAAACUGACAGAACAAUAUUCAGAAGUUGCGAUAUCUUACACUGACGGAGGUAAUAAUAGAUCAAACGUGUGGAUAAGUGUUGUUGAUUCAAGUCCGAUGUCUGUAACGUUCAACGGAAGAAUGAUUACGAUAUCGCCGACUUCAACCUUAUUGAUCCUAUGUCUGAAGGAUCUUCGCCUCAACAUGACGUAACCAAUCAAAGGAUGUCGGUAACACAAUCAGUAAUGCCAACAAGAACCCUCUCUACUGACACGCAAACACUGUCAACUGUGUCAACAAGCGCCCUCUCUACUGACACGCAAACACUGUCAACUGUGUCAACAAGCGCUCCUCUCUCAACUGACACGCAAACACUGUCACUGUCAACUGUGUCAACAAGCGCCUUCUCUACUACCUUGGUUACAUACACAGGUAUAGAUACAGUCACUGCCACAGCCACGGUUGAGGUGACAUGGAAGACAACAGUUACUACAAUGACAAUUGCUCCCACGACCACUUCUGUUGCAGAUAACAUGACAGUUGGAAUGACAUCGAACGAAACAACCCAUAUUCCACGGACUCCAGAUGAAGAUCUGGUUGUCGUUGUUGCUUCUAUCGCUGCAUGUUGUGUGGUCGCUGUCAUAGUUGUCGUCGUAGUCGCAGUAGUCCUGUGCAGGUGUAAAAAAGAUAAAGCUAUCCGUUCUGCAACUCCUUCUCACAACGGUGGCAUUGACAGACCUCUGGAGCUCCACUCUCCCCACAAUAGGACACCUGGUUUACGAAAGCAUGAUGGCAGCCAACAUUAUUUCAUCAUAGAUCCAGCAUUUGUGCCUGGAAAUGUGUCCUUAAAUACAGACUCAAGAGGCAAAGAAGGAACCAGGGCGCUCCGACUACAGGACGGGUACUCUACAGUCUUGCCACGUAGCUCCAGAUUAAACAUGAAUGAACACAACACAUUUACGAUCAAGCAUCCGAUAAGUACUCCGUCACCAGAUAGCCUGACUGGUUCAAACGAAGAUGAAGAUGUCGAGGACACUGAAUCACCUGGAACAGGCGACCUGAAAGCUGACACUGAUCAACUUGAAUCGAUCGACAGUUUUCUGUUUGAUCGUAAAAACAGUACCAAAUCAACAUGUCAUAUGACCGAGAACGAUGUCUAUAGUGGGGGACCACCUACUACAGAGAUCCAUGAUGUCAGUACCGAUGACGGCAACCAGGAUGAAGAAAGCACGCCUGAAGAUGACUUGUAUCCUGGAGAAGAAGAUGUCAGGGACGGUACUGUUGAAGGGAUGGUUGACAAUGAUAUAUAUGAGAGUUCUGGAUAUGACACUACAGUUGCAGAGCAGAUUGGUGAAUGUGAGGAUGUGUCUGUUUCAGCUACCCAAGAUAUCAAUACAGCAGGAUCAGCCAAGGAGGAGGUUGACAUGAUGUCUAAUGACCUCUACCACAGUUUCGUGUAAACAGUGCUCGCUCAUUGCAGUUGAUUAUGCUUCCUUUCUGUGUCUGUCCAUGGCAAUCCAACCAUCGCUGAUGAGUUUGCUAACAUCUUAUGAUGUCAUAUGGAGUUGUCAUACAUUACCUGUAAACGUAUUAGAUCUGUUUUUACAUAAUCUGUAUAUACUUGGAAUCGAUGGAUAGCAAUACCAAAGGAUAUACAUGUGUAAUAGUCGAAGAGUUUUCAGUACGUGAUGUGUCAUUGUUAAACAUUGUGAGAAGACAUUUUCACUCGGUAAUAAUAUCAUGAUGGCUAAUUAUGACAUUUGUGUAAAUCUACAGUUACGAUUGGUUUGGUUUGGUUGUUGUUUAACGCCGCACUCAACAGUAUUCCAGCUAUAUGAAUAAUAUAAAAAAUGCUCGAAUAAAUGAUCGAGUCUGGACCAGACAAUCCAGUUAUCAACAGCAUGAGCAUCGUUCUACGCAUUUCGGAUACGAUGACAUGUGUCAACCAAGUCAGCGAGCCUGACUACCCAAUCCAGGUAGUCGCCCCUUACGACAACAUGGGUUGCAGAAGACCAAUUCGAACCCGGAUCUUCACGGGUCCGUCAUUCACGAGCUUUGUGACCAUCACGGACACUGACUGGUGUAUGCAAGAACAUUAUGUAGAACAGAUAUCUACAACUGUGAUUAUUACCUUUAAGAUAAAUUU